AUGCAUAUCUAUACAGAGAACUGGGUGAAUUCUCCUGGGCAGAUGGAAGAUAAUUCAUGGCAAUCUUUUGUUUUUGUUCCCAGAGACAACUGGUAUAUUGCCAAGAUACCUCUGGAAUACUAUUUGCCAACAUGGAGAGGGAAUGUGAUAGAAGCAAAGUUGGAGAUGAAUCCAUCUCGUAUACUAGGGAUGUCUGUAUCAGUUAAUGCAGAUGGUGGUGUGCCUGGUGGUUUCAAUUCGGAAAUUGAUUGGAUUAAAGCCAUUCGUACACAAUGGUUGAUUCUUUGA